CAGUGAGUCACGAUGCAUCAACCAUGUCUUCCGUUUGCUUCUGAUUGACUCUAUCCUCUCAAUUGCCCAUGAUUGCAUGACUCCCUUUUGUGGCUUAUUUGUCUGAAGCGAUUGCCCUUUGUCUUUGCCUCAGUGUCCCUCUACUGUCCACGUUGCUACAUUCUGUUCACCCCAAAAUGACUAUACCAAUACGGUUAUACUGUGCACGUGUAGGAUUUUACACAUUCUGGGACUUGACUUGUUUACCAUUACCUUCUCACAUAGCUCUUCUGUGACGGGUCUUGUUUGAAUUUGUGUUUGCCGCUUAAUCCCCCAUUGUCUGCGACGCGUUACCCCCGCAGUUUUCUCUCCUGCAAUUGUCUUUGCAAUUGGCCUUGAUUCCUUGCCUGUUGAAGCAUGGCGUCUAUCUUCACCUACGAUCCCGAUCCGCCGCGGGUUUCUUCGCCCUGGUCCACAUCCGGGUCCUCCACUCCACAGCAGGCUGUGAGCGGCGGCACCCGCAUGGCGAUCCGGAGCCGCUCCAGCGCGAAUCUAGACCGGACCGAUGCCAACGUUUUGUCGGACUACGGCAUCACCAAGCUGGAGCCGGAACCCCAGGAAGGACCCACCGAAUACAAGCUGCAUCUUUUGCUCCGCUCGCGACGCUACUACGCGUCAGUGUCUACCGGCCACCUUGUGAGCGGCUCGUAUCAUUCGCGCGCAAGCUUGUCGACGUCGGGCCCGACACCUUCCAGCUAUGAGUCCAAUUUGAAGCCGAAUUCAGCACGCUCGACUUUCAGUCGUCAGCAGCGUCUACAAUCCCUGACUACCCAGCUGCUGUGGCGUCUGCAGCAGUCUUCGCCUUUCCAUUCGUCUACGGCGGCGAACCUGGUGCUUCCGGUUCUUCCUGAUGCUACAGAUCUCCUGGGGGCUCCGCAGAAACCGGCUCGCUUGUUGCCUGGUCUUGAGGAGAGUCAGGGGGCUCUGUAUGAGAUUGGCGUUGCUGACGAUGGAACCUUCGUUGGGCUGGCUCAGGAUGAGCUAGAAGAGAGUCUGUCGAAUUUGCAAGCUAUGGCUGCGAGUUUGGGCUGUAAAGUUGAUAUCCUCCGUCGGGUGAUUGUGGGCAAAUGCGAAUGGACGGAUGAUGAACGCGCUGGAAAUGUUCAGGAUGAGAAAGUCCGCACCGGAGACCUGUGGGUGGCCGAAGCGUUGGUCAGCCCGGACUGGGACUUUUACCACGUUCCGUCACCCAGGAGAGGGUCUCAGGAAGAAAAUGCAUCAUCUGAAGCCGGAAAGAAUAGUACACAAGAGGGCAGCUUCUCCUCGACGGAGCAGAUUCGUGUCUCUAUAUCUGGACCAAGCACAGCCGGUAAAUCGUCCCUCUUGGGGACUCUGACCUCGUCCGUACUGGAUAACGGCAGAGGGACGAGCAGAUUGAGUCUCUUGAAACACCGACAUGAGAUCUCAUCGGGCAUCACCAGCUCCGUUGCCCAUGAAUUGAUCGGAUACUCUGAGAACGAAUCUUCUGCCGACGAGGUCGAUAUUAUCAACUAUGCGUCAGGAAAUGUUGCAGCAUGGGAUGAUGUGCACGCGGCUUCGCAGGGUGGUCGCCUGGCCUUUGUCUCCGAUCUCCCGGGGUCAGUACGCUAUCUGAAGUCUACAUUGCGAGGACUGGUCAGCUGGGCGCCGCACUAUGUCUUGCUAUGUAUCCCUGCCAAUUGUGAGGAUGAGGCCUCGCCUGAGCCGAGUCAAGGUGCCACCGAGCAAGCGACUGAUAUCAGCUUGGCCUUGUCGCAUCUUGAACUGUGCGCCAAAUUGGACGUUCCCACAAUCGUGGUGAUUACGAAAAUGGAUCUGGCCUCUCGCACGAGUUUGAGAAACAAUCUCACCAGAGUGCUUUCAGCGUUGAAAGCCGCCGGCAAGAAGCCUGCGAUGCUACCUGCACCAACCCCAUCUGGCAAGGCCGUGGAUCUACAGCAUAUAGAACCAAAGGACGGCCAAGAAGUCCGAAAGAUUAUCCAGUCCACCGAUAACUGGUCGUCUGUUGUGCCUAUUGUUCUCUCGAGCGCUGUCGAUGGCACAGGCAUUGGUAAACUGCACGCGUUCCUUCGGUAUCUUCCUAUCCCUACGCGGCCUCCGCUACGGUCCAUCUCCAUCCCAAGGCAUUUGCCACCGCCCCAUCUUCCCACCAACAUAUUCGACAUUGAUGAGGUGUUUGCUAUUCCUCCGUCGAAGGUCUAUGUUUCCUCGGAGAAGCCUCAGAAAGAAAGCCAUGGCGUUGUUCUGUGCGGCCUGGUCCGUUACGGGGCGAUCUCGGUCGGAGACGAGCUAGUCAUUGGACCUCUGUUGACCAAUAUUUCUCUUGACCAAGGGGGGCGGAGCCGGUCAGAGCGACGUUCAGAGACGCAUGAUUCUGCUCAGGGCAGGCCACCGUCGCAGGAGUUCUCGGCGUCUUUCGUCCAGGGGUUAAUAUCGGGGAAGACCCCGUUCCCAGCCCAGGCACAAUGGCAACGUGUCCGUGUUGUCAGCGUCAGGAAUCUGCGCUUACCCGUCCAAAAGCUAAUACAGGACCAAGUGGGCACGGUCGGCGUCGAGCCUCUUCCUCAUCAGGGGCAAUUACCACGACUGGGCAAAGUUCGCAAGGGAACCGUCUUGGCCAGUUUGAACGAGGUGUCUACGUCUAUCCCCAAGUCUCUCCUGUUCCAUACCGGGUUUGUUGCUAGCUUUGCUUCGGAUGAAUUCGCUUCUUCGCUCUCGCCCCCAUUGCUGCUGGGUGGUAACGCCAUCGUAUACAUUGCGAAUAUUCGCUCCACCGUGAAGGUGACAUGCAUGGCACUGGCAGGGGAUGAGGUCGUCUCAAGAGCACCAUCUCCCACCGAGCCGGGGUUUUUCGACUUCGAUGGCGAUAUGACUGACCGGGAAGGACACGGAGAGUCGGAGGUGAAUGGCAUGGUCCGCGCCUCUGGAGGAUCGUCUCGAGAAGACGUAAAAAUCACAUUCGCCUUUGUCACGUCGGUUGAGUGGGUGGAAAUCGGAUCUCGAGUGCUGCUCAUGCCCGGGGCUUCGGUCGCAUUAGCGUCUGCGCAGAAUUCGGUGACACCAUCGGGGCUCGAGGGCUUUGUUGGCAGAGUGUGCGACGUGCUUUAUGAGCCUUCCACUUCCUGAGAUGUUUUUUGUCGUUGUAUUGAUUGCAUUCUGUUGCUGUGUGUUGAUGUUUGUCUCUUCCUGUUAUUUUGUUAUGUCUGAGUCUAGUAUUAGUUCUAUUGAAACAUUGACGAGUGACGAUGAUCGAC